AUGCCGUGCAGGAUCAGCGAUAACAGCGAUAAUAGCUGUAGCAGCGUCGGAAACCGGCGGGAACACUUGAAGGCACAACUGCAGAGCCAAGUACAAGCGGCGCAGCACGGUCACAGAGGAUUGGAAUCAGCUCUCCACCUCAUGUGCGAGCGAUUGCUGGACCUAGAAGACUGCUGGCAGCAGGCACGAGAGGAGCAGAAGAAAACAGAAGAGAAGCUCUUGGAGCUGCAGCAUGAGUGCCGGGAUCGCCAGAACCACCUCUCGACGUUGAAUGACAACAUGCGGGAAGACCUGUGCCUCCUGCAAUCGCGCGUUGACACUCUAGCCGAAGCACAAGUACCCGAGGAUGACGCGGUUCCGAUCACUUCUGUCGCAGCGCCAGCCAAUGACGCCGCAGUAGGACUAGUAGCGACGCCGGCGGUGGUAGCGACAAGCGGCCACGGCAACGGCGUGGACCACGAAGAAACGAUGGCAGCGAUGCGCCAAGAGCUGCACGCUCUGAGACGGAAGGUAGAAAUCAUGGCUGCCAACGUGCUAGGAGAAUCCGAGGGCGCGAGCACGGAAACCGCCCCUGGAGAAGAAGGAGGUAGGGAGGGAGAAGGAGCGCUGCUUCAAAGCAGUAGUAAUGACGAUGAUAGUGCUGGAAAACGUGGGACUGAUGCUGAACAGGUGCCUUACGACAUCGCCGACGUCGAUGACGAGGAGAACACCACCAGUGACAGCCAGACGUAUGAUGAACGAGGGGCGUCGGGAGAUCAAGGAGGGGAACCGCAGCAGCACGGACAAGAAGAAGAAGAAGGCGAGAGUUCGAGAAUAAUACUGAAAAAACGUAGGGCGAGGAACCACUGGGCCCAAGUCCGACUUCAUCGUGCUUUCCUCGUCAAGAAGAUCAGGCGACAGAUUAUGGCGGAGAGAAAAGUCUGCAAAUCCGAGACCAUCGUCACCAGGGUGGAGCGCCUCGAACAGGCCCUGGGGGUCAACGUGUACACCACGGGAUCCGGUCGUCUGGACACCUUGGCUCGCGACGUGCGUCUUUCGCUGGCCAUGAUCGUCGAGUACCAAGUACGGGCAGCGAGCGACAAUCUUUCAGCACCGCUCUGCUUGUUCCCGGCGCGUGAGGGAGACCUGUCCAUGAUCUCCGCGGCGGCGAUUAUGCCCAAACAGCCAAGAAGUACUAGACGCCCAAGUGGCGAUGCCCAUGAUGGGAGGAGAGGCAGCCGCGAGACAAGAAGGUCCUGGUCGUCCAUUUCGAUGGGGACUUCUGACGGAGAUAGCGGUGAUAGCAGUGGCGGGGGUGACGGCGGCGGGAGCGGCAGCACAGUUUGGGGGGGCGGAGGGGGAGGAGACGUGGGUCGACUGUGGCUGGCAGAAGAUGCGGGCUACCUCUGCGUAGACCUUUUGCUCGAGAGGACGCUGGAGGAGCUCGCGGAGGGCCUAGCGUUUGCUGCCAGGUCACAGUCGCUGGCCGCCUGCCGCGGCACCACCAGCAGCGGCGGCGGCAUUACCGGCGGAGGGGGGAGUACCACGAGCGCCCGCGCGUCGGCAUCGCGAGCUGCGGUGGACUUGGCAGCUUCCACUGCUGCCGCAGCCGCCGCCGCCUCGACGACAAGCAAAUCGUCUUCGGUGCCCACGGAACAAGAUGGGCACCAACAAGAAGAGAGCAAACGAGGAAGCGCAACGACCCUGAAGAAGGAAAUCGGGCGGAUGCAGGACCGCUGCGCUAGGCUAGGUGCUCUGGUCGCACGGUUAGGAGUGGCGCAACAACAGCAGCUGGAUAAACGAGGCAAGGAAGAUCGAGCAGAAGCAUGGGUGCAGGAUGGAACCAGACGAAGGCCAAGCGUGGUGUUUGCUGCAGAAGAGCAAUCAGAGGAGCGAGGUGACGUUAACCGUGACGCACAACGGCCGACCCCAGAGGCUGCAGCGGGGGCAAUCGCGAGCGAGGUCCUACGUCUCUCCUGCGCGCUGGCGGGAGACCUGCAGUACCUCCUUUCCCGUCCGGCGUACUGCCGCGUCCUCGAUGCGUUUGCCUUCACCCCCGGGCGCAAGUGCCUGUGCGGGAGAGAAUUCGACACCGCCGGUACCGCUGCUCCUAUCCCGGUCGUGCCCACCGCCGCGCCCGCCUCCGCCGGAGGCAAAAACGGCGACACACACGUCGGCAGGGGAAGUGGUGGUGACAAUGGUAGGGACAGAGACCAGAGAUUUGAGCCAAGACAGCAACCUCAAUGGCAACAACAAGGCCAGGCGCAAGCCAAUGACAGGGGCGCCGCGGAGGAACAUACGCACAGUGGUGCUGCCGGCGGUGAAAGUGACGCAGGGACGGGGGACCGGGCUGGAAAAGGGCAGCACCAAAGACCACCACCGAUGUUGAGGCAUAUGCCAACGUUCAUGUCCGUGCCACUGACGGCACAAUACGGGGGGGUACGUCCAUCGGGCGAAGGGUUUUUCGUAGUAGCAGGGGAAGGAGCUUGGGAAAAGGCGUCAGGAUUCCGGUGCUUCGUCCUUUCCCUGGGCCACCUGUCGUCGUUUCUAGCGUCGGCGAGAUCCCGCGCGGCUCACCGGGCGGUAUCUUCGCUGACGAAGGAGCUGAAGCGGGACGUGCUAGCGGCCGAGCUGGCGGCGAGGGAGUCGGUCGCGGCGGCGGCGGCGGCGCGCGCGGGAGCAAGGGAGGCCUCGGCGGAGGCGCUCGACGCCACCGCCAGGGCGGCGGCGGCCGCCGCCUCGGCUCGCAACGAGGGCAGCUUGCUGCUCGUGGAGUUCCACGAGCAGCUUGCGAAGGCAAUGCGGGCAGAGAGGGACAGGCUGGAGCGGGACAACUACGAGCGCGCCAGGGCGGAGAGAGAGCGCGUGGGCCAGCUCUUGGAGACACAGGCAAGGAAAACCACAGCCUCGUGUGCAUCCUUGGGACAUCUGAAGUCCCUCCUUGACGGCAAGGCCGGGCAGGAGGACCUGGCUUCCAUCACGAGGGCCAUGGGCGACGUCGAGGAGACUCUCACCGUAGUUCGACAGUCCAUUCCCGGCGAAAAAGCCCUACAAGAACUCCAGGAGGCGUUGGCCCGGAAAGCCGACAAAGCCUAUACCAAGCGAAAGAUGGCGCUGCUGGUGUCGAGGGUAUCCGCUCUUCUCCAGGAGGAGUCUGAUGAGCCGUCGAUGGCCAAGAAGUGUCUCAGCUGCGACCGCGCCUUCAACAAGCUCAGUUUCAAGGAGCUGGAGCUGGCGCAGCAGGAGCACCCGGAGGUCGUGGCCUCGAAGGAGAAGGGCAUCCGACAGGGGACGGGCCGAGAGAGAUGGUGGCGGAUAGAAGCGGAUCUCGGUCUCCCGGUAGUCGGCGUGAGCAGACCAACAAGCGCCCCGGGUCGGCCCCCUCCGCUAGCGGCACCGCAGCGCCUGGUGGGUGGUGGCGGGACCAACGUGGUAGCCGCCGGCUUUCGGCCGGGCAGUGGAGGGGCGCGCUCGAGGACGGCGCGGGGAGUGGGCGCUCACGCCAACAGCAGCAGCCGUCUACUCCCACCGGCGACGGGUGGUCCCCAACCGACGACUCGGCAGUCUCCGUUAUUCCCUCCGGUGGCGCUGAGUGCAACGUACGGCCUGCUCUCAGACGGUGCUCGAAAGGCCGUGGAGUCCGAGGCCUGCCGUGCGGAGAGGGUGUCCGCUCACGAGCCCAGCCCGGCCCCGGAUCACAUCCGGUACGGUGGCAUGACCCAAGCCCCGCUCGUUCGGCAGCUUUUUUCUGGCCUGGGGGGCGGGGUCCGAGGGGUCGGCGGUUUGGACACCCCCACUAGCGUCGAUGGAGCCCAUGCGCGCGGGGUAGUGGGCAACAGGAUUUGCAAAGGAAGGACAAAAGGACGAGGGGGAGAGGAAGGGAGAGGAAGGACGGGGGCGGGGCGAGGAACAGGAGGAGAGCACUUGCGUGCCAGCGGUGAAGGUGGCGGUGGUGCGGCGGCGGCGGCGGCGGCGGCGGCGGCGGCAGCAGCGGCCGAUGAGCGAACACCUGCCGCGGGCGCGGGAGACAACCACGAAGGCUUCGCAUCCACGUUGGAGCACCAUAGGCGAAACGUCAUCGCGGUUACCGUGCCUCCUGUCCAAGCAGUGGGCGCCGCUGGGUUUGUUCCGGAGACACUCAUAAGAGGGAGCGGCGGUAGCGGCGGUGAUCGUAACAGUAGCAAGCGCGGCUCGAAGCCUUACGGAGCUUAG